GUGUCUGGGUGAGAUAGUGAAAGCGUCGUCCCCGGGGCUCCGUGAGGCUGGAAAGGCGACUACUGGUGGACAGCUUUCUCCAUGUACCCGCGGAGGUCGCAGAGAAGAAACUCGCCGCUUCGUGCUGUGCCCCACAGCCUCAAUGUAGCUUCGUUCCAGUCUGUAGAGCUGCGCCUAUUGUAAAUGAGCAAAGACCUGGAAAUUAUGAGCGAAAACAUCUGGGUGCGGCACACUUUAGAGGAAAAGGUUUCGCUGUGCCGGAGGUGGUUCGCAGUUUUGCCUUUUGUAUUUCCUUGCUGAAUGUAGUGGACAUUUUGGAUUUUUUUUAAUGUUGUGUCAUUAAUUUGCAUCAGUUAAGGACCAUUUUUGCUCUUGUCUUCGUCGUCGGUUAGUCUGGCUGUGCCACAAGGCAAUAUUUUUAUGUCUCAAAACAACUGAGAGGGACAACGUUAAACUUGAGGGAGGCUCGCUGAGGAGAAUGUACGCACUGGGCCAGCUUCGAGUUGCUCUCUAAGUAAGGCAAUAUUAGCUAGCUGCUAACACUAGCCAGACCCAAUUGAACUGCCGUGAAGCAAAUCAGUGAAACCCGCUAAUGCCCACUUCUCAAGGUGUUUGUUGGGUAGUAUCAGCCUGCACAUAAGCUGGAUAUCAUUAAAUGAGACGCUGACCCGACAGUAACUCAGUGCCUCAGGAUGUCCAAGCGGAGCCUGUUUGUUCGUCUGGUACCAUGCCGCUGCUUGCGGGGCGAGGAGGAGAUCGUAACAUCGCUGGACUACUCCCACUGCAGCCUGGAGACUGUUCCUAAGGAGAUCUUUAACUUUGAGAAGACCCUGCAAGAACUCUACCUCGAUGCCAACCAGAUCGAGGAGCUGCCUAAACAACUGUUUAACUGCCAGUUACUCAACCGACUGAGCAUGCCAGAUAACGACCUGACAGUGUUGCCAGCAGCGAUCGCAAACCUCAUCAAUCUCAGGGAGCUUGAUGUCAGCAAAAACAGCAUCCAGGACUUUCCAGAGAACAUCAAAAAUUGCAAAGGCCUAGCAAUUGUAGAAGCCAGCGUGAAUCCCAUAUCCAAGCUCCCUGAAGGCUUCACUCAGCUUCUGAGUCUGACGCAGCUCUACCUGAACGAUGCCUUUCUGGAGUUCCUACCAGCCAGCUUCGGCAGGUUGACUAAGCUACAAAUCCUGGAGCUGAGGGAGAAUCAGUUAAAGAUGUUGCCAAAAAGCAUGCAGAAGCUCACACAGCUGGAGAGGUUGGACCUGGGGAGUAAUGAGUUCACUGAAGUGCCUGAGGUGGUGGAGUGGCUGACUGGACUCAAGGAGCUGUGGAUGGACGGGAACAAGCUGACCUUUUUACCUGGGAUGUUGGGGACACUAAAACAACUGGUGUAUCUAGACGUGUCGAAGAACAACUUGGAGAUGGUGGAUGAACAAAUCCGCGGCUGUGAGAAUCUACAGGACCUCCUGCUCUCCAACAAUGCUCUCACACAGCUGCCAGGCUCCAUCGGCACCCUGAAGAAACUGACUGCACUGAAAGUGGAUGAAAAUCAGCUGAUGUACUUGCCAGAUUCCAUUGGAGGGCUGACAUGCAUUGAUGAGCUGGAUUGCAGUUUCAAUGAGAUUGAAGCGUUGCCAGCCACCAUUGGCCAGUGUGUCAAUAUGCGCACCUUUGCUGCAGAUCACAACUUCCUUGCCCAGCUUCCACCCGAGAUGGGCAACUGGAAGAGGGCAACUGUGCUGUUUCUACAUUCCAACAAGCUGGAGUCUUUGCCUGAGGAGAUGGGUGACAUGCAGAAGCUCAAAGUCAUCAACCUCAGCAACAACAAGUUGAAGAAUCUUCCGUACAGUUUCACCAAACUGACUGAGCUGACUGCGAUGUGGCUGUCUGAAAAUCAGUCAAAACCCCUGAUCCCACUCCAGAAAGAGGAAGAUCCAGAGACUCAGAAAACAGUGCUGACCAACUACAUGUUCCCCCAGCAAAUUAGGAUUGAGGAAUACAUUCCAAACUCUGACUCUGAGAGCUUUAAUCCAACUCUGUGGGAGGAGCAACGCAAGCACCGAGCUCAGGUGGCCUUCGAAUGUGACGAGGACAAAGAUGAGAGAGAAACACCCCCGAGGGAGGGAAACCUGAAGCGCUACCCUACACCAUACCCAGACGAGCUGAAGAACAUGGUAAAAACAGCCCAGUCGGUGGCUCACAGGCUCAAGGAGGAUGAGUCGAGUGAUGAGUCCAGCAAAGAAGCAAAACCCGUUGAGAGAAACCACAUUGGAGUGCAGGAUGUCGGGGUAAAGGUGAUUGAAGCCCCCUGUCCCAAUGGUGUAGCGUCAAACAUGGAGGCUCAAGUGUCUGCCGACGUGUGUGGCCAAAAUCCCUCUGCACCCGAAGCAAAGGACACUUCUGAGUCUUACAGCUCCCAGAAAAUCCCCCUCAAGUCUUCAGAGGACUCAAUGAUGAACCACGAGGACACGCUAGAGGAUUCUGAGGAGCUGUCAGAUGAGGAAGACGAGAUGAAGAUUGCAGAGCUCAGACCCCCUCUUAUUGAGAUUUCCAUCAACCAGCCUAAAGUAGUGACUCUAAGUAAGGAUAAAAAAGACGAUGGGAAAGAUGCAGACUCUUUGCUGGAUGAAACCGUGGCUAACAGCAACCAGAACAACAGUAACUGCUCAUCUCCAUCACGCAUGUCAGACUCUGUGUCUCUGACCACAGACAGCAGCCAGGACAACUCUUUGUGCACACCUGAGAGAGAGGCAAAGAUGCCUUUCCUACCAAAAAGCCGGCAAGAAGAUGAGAAUAUGAACCAGCCUAAAGACACCACCCCUCUCCUCCAUAAUGGCAAUGGCUCUGAAACGUCCCUCCAGGCCCUCUUAAAAACCCAGCAGGCACCACCAGAGAAAAUGGGAGACUACGACCUGUCCAUGGAAGCCAGACUGGCCUUCAUCGAGAAGGGAAUAAACAAUGGUAUGGGAGACACGUACACCAAGUGGGACCAGAUUAAUAUGAAUGUAACCAAGCUGCCAACUGACAACAUGGUUCAGCUGGAUGAGUUGGAUAAAAGCAAGAAUGGUUCGUUAGCUCAGGAGGAAGUGGACAGCAAAGAGGGUUACGAUAACAUGGAUCAUUUACAGAAUGGAAAUCAACAGGCAGGUGACUGCAACGAUAGUCUGGGGAAUAAAAGCCUAGGGAUGAGAGGAGAAACAGCUGCUGUGUACGUGGCCUCGACAGGCGUGACAGCCUGCAGUGACAUGUCUCUAUCUCGCAGCACUGAGGAACUGUCUCCAGAGAAAAGGUGCCAUCCCCCGCAGGUGUUGAAGUCUCACAGCAUCAGCAACAUAGAAACAGGGGCCAUGAGGUUGUAUUCCUUUGAUGGAGAUGAUGACUCAGUGGGGACUAGGGUGGCAGGGGCCGGGCCAGGGCCAGGAGCUCAGGGCCAGAGCAUAGUCAGGAGCAAGUCAGCCGGCCAGUUGCUCAAUGAUCAGACUCUCCUGGUCUACCCCAACUCCUCUGCAUCCUCUUCAGACCUGCUGUCCUCUUCUAAGCUUCCUGCCAACACAAGCAGACAUCCAGUCUCCUCCAGCAUGGCCAUGGGAAUCCCUCCUCCUCAGUACAACAUACAAUACACAAACAGUGGCAUGUCUAAAGAGGGUCUCUGGGGCCAGAGGACAGCCAUGGCUUCAGAGCAACAAAGCUACCAUCCUGCUCCUCCUCCACACUCACUAGCCAACACCAAUUACUCAAACCGUAAUCAGGCGCCUCCUUACCCUCUGCAGCCCCAGCAGAGAGGCCCUGCGAUGGCUUCCAAACCUUCUGGGGAGAUGUGGGCUAUGGAGAGACUUCAUUCUGCUGCGGGCCAGCCUAGAAGCAGCACCCUGCAGAGGCAAGGCAGCACUAGCUCCACAGCUUCCAUGUCUGACCCAAGGCGUAUGCAGUUGUCCGAAGGAGACUACAUGACAUACAGGGACAUUCACACCCUCGCCAGAGGGCCACUAGCAAUGAGUCACGCCAUGCAGAGGCCCCUCUCAGCUCGCACUUACAGCAUCGAUGUACCCGGAGCUUCCAGGCCUCACAGCAGCAGGCCACCGGCCCACGAGCUUCCAGAACGGACCAUGUCUGUUAGCGAUUUUAAUUACCAGCACAGCAGCCCCAGCAAGAGGCCCAACACCAGGGUGAAGUCUGAGCACUCGCUCCUCGACGGACCAGGAGGAGGAAUGGGAGCAGGGAGGGUUCCAGUAGACUGGAGAGACCAGGUGAUGCGGCACAUCGAGGCCAAGAAGAUGGAAAAGAACGCGCUGUCUCGCUCCUAUAAUUCCAAUAACGCUCCGCUGAGCUGGUCUCACUACGGCAGCUGUAGGGAUAUGCAUGCCAGCCAAGGGUCCCUGGUCUUUAGUGUCAGGGACGGACAGCCCUACGGAGCUCUGGGCUUCUGUGAUGAUGUUUUUGGUCCCCAAGGGAUGCAGAACUACACUUUGGACCCUGCCAGAAAAGUGCCUUUGAUGAAUGGUCAGAUGGGUCCUUCGGCUCGUCCUCCGAUGAGCCAGCCGUCCAUGGCACGUCACCCUUCCAGGGAGCAGCUCAUUGAUUACCUAAUGCUCAAAGUCUCCCAGCAGCCCCAGGGGCCUUCACGAAUUCCACUCGAACCCAUCCAACAAGAGAUCCGUGUGAAAGUAGAGAAGAAUCCUGAGCUGGGUUUCAGUAUAUCAGGAGGAGUCGGAGGCCGGGGAAACCCCUUUCGUCCUGAUGACAAUGGUAUAUUUGUAACAAGGGUUCAACCUGAGGGACCAGCAUCAAAAAUUCUUCAGCCCGGAGAUAAAAUCAUCCAGGCAAACGGAUAUAGCUUUGUAAAUAUCGAUCACGGGAACGCAGUGUCCCUUCUGAAGACUUUCCCAAACACUGUGGACUUGAUUAUCGUAAGAGGAAUCCAAGCAUAGACUGAAACUGACCUCAAAUAGAGUGUGACAUAUGGGAGAAGAACUGAAAAGCAUACGUUGACUUGUCAUAUUUUUGUACUCAGAAACUGAUCCAUUGCUACCUAUCGGGACUAUUUAUAGUAGAGAUCAUGGGAGCCUUGAUUAAAUGGGAAAAACCACUGAAUGUAGUGGAUCAAAGUGAGACAGCAGAAGAACAUCUGCAAGUACGAGUCCUCAAAAGGCCAUCACU